AUGGAAGACCAUGAUGCAUUGAGCUUAGGUGCGAAUACAACACCGGCGGUGGUGCCGGUGGCUGCGCCCGAGGUCUCCUCUGAAGAUGUUAACUUGGAUGCUGCAUAUGACGACAUUGAAUACAUGGAUUUGAAAGUGCCAGGAAAGGUUGAUCGCGCGAAACCCGAGAAGAAGACCAAAGCCAUGACAGACAAGUGCUGUCCGAAAGUUGCGUCGUUGACAAGCGAGAUGAAAGCGUCUAGAGCCGUGACGCGAGUGACCCAACGCCUGGGUCUGGAGCGAGUGCAUGAAAUCCAAGUGGAGUAUGCUUCUCUUAAGUCCAAAUUUGGCCAACACGACUACGAGAAGGCGAACGCGAUGAUCCGAAACCUCAUGUCGAUGGGAUUGAGUCAAAUUGAAAUCCGCGGUAUCCUCGGCGUGGGUGGAUAUCGGUUGCAGCGACUAUACAGCUCUCACGCUGUGAAACAAACGCCGACGACAUAUGCUGCGGCAGUGGUCACUGAAGAGCUCGCAAUUCCACCGCCUCCAUCAGUUCUAGCUUCCCCAUCUUUAAGCACAGGUGACCAGGUGGUGCACAUUCCUAUCCUUUCAUCAAUUCCCCACCUUGUGGACGUCGUGACGAAAAAGGUGGCCGCCUUCCCGCUGGUGGCAUCUCGCGUUUUGUUUGUCGAUAUCGACGUGGCUGGUCUGUCUCUCGAAGCUGCUUCUCCUAAGGCCAUGGUCCAUGCUGCCAAGCUCGAAGCGGCCGACGUGGUCUUGGCAGACCCCGCCGUCAGUGGCCUUGUUUUGCCAUACACCCCGCAUCUCAAGUGGAUGCAGUUGUCGUCGGCUUCACUAGACGACGGGUUGUUUCUGCAUGCCAGGCGGGACUUUAUCUGCACUCGCGCCGGGGGAAUCCACGGACCGCACGUAGCUCAGUUCGUCGUCGGGUGCGUCGUGUUCUGGAUCAUGUGUCGAACUGACGCAGUGGAUCGCAGACAUAUCAUUGCCACAGAGCGAUUUUUCGUCAAAGCCAAGGAUUACCAGACCACACGGUCGUUCGCAUCACAAGCGUUGGCGUAUCGAAACCCCAAGCACGUGACAGUCGGCAUCCUUGGCCACGGUGACAUUGGCAUGCAUGUGGCGAAGCUCGUGGCGGCAGCGGGCUUUCGCGUGAUGGCGCUCAAGCGACGAUGUCGACCAUCGCCUUGGUGGAAUGGUCAGGAUGACUUUGGGUUCUCUGUGUACGAUUCAAUCGCCAAGGUCGUCGAGGCCGCGGACUACAUCGUAAACACACUUCCUCGCACCCCCCACACGCACAAUUUGUUGUCCGAGGCCGUGUUGCGCCUUUGCGUGAAGAAGGCUCCUUGCUUGAUUGACCUGAACCCGUGGAAUGUGAUCGACGAAGCGACUCUCAUGCAUGCCCUGGAGCACAAGUGGCUCUCCAGCGCGAUCAUGGACCUGCCGAUGCCUGUGCCACCGACAAGUCAACUGUGGCACCAUCCCAGCGUGACGCUAACUCCGCGCGUAUCCCCGCCAAAUCAAGCGGAGGCGGUGGCCGACGUGUUCAUUCAGAACUUGUGGCAUUUCAUGGGGCACAGACCGAUGCAAUACGUCGUGGAUUGGAGUCAGGGAUAUUGA